AUGCGCGCUGCAGCAGCAGUGCUAUCGCUCGCAGCUAAUCUUCAAGUGCAUGCGCUUCUUAACCCGAUCCUACCCGGCUGGAAUCCCGACCCCAGCAUCGUGCGAGUGGGAAAAGACUACUUUGUCGUCACCUCGACGUUCGAAUACUUCCCGGGGCACCCCAUCUACCACAGCACCGAUCUCGUGUCCUGGAAGCUCAUCGGGCACGGACUCAAUCGGCCCUCACAACUGAGUUUAUUUGGGACUCCGACGGACGCAGGUGCGUUCCGCGUGCGAGCCCUGAGCCUCCCGGGCCCCACCCACAUCGCCCACUCGACCGCUCACGUUUCGUACGCAGGGAUCUGGGGUCCUGCCCUUCGAUACCACGAGCGCACAAAAACCUUCUACCUUGUUUCGACUGCCCGAUAUGCCUACACCGCCGAGUACCGACUGUUCCCUCGCUCGUUUUACGUGCAUACGCAGGACAUCUUCGCGGACAGCUGGAGCGCUCCCGUCUAUUUUGACGCCCUUGGGUAUGACACAGACCUCUUCUGGGACACGAACGGCGAUGUCUACGCGACAUGGUCAGGCAUCAACGAUGCGGUCCACAAAAUCUACAGCAUCUACCAGAACAAAAUUGACAUUGAGACCGGCAACUCGCUCACGCCGGCUGAGAUCAUCUUCACUGGAACGCUGCCGCACAAUUCGUCUGCCCGGCCGGAGGGACCGCACGUCUUCCACAUUAACUCGACGUACUACCUGCUCAUCGCAGAGGGCGGCUCGGGACCCGCGCAUCAGUCCACCAUUCAGCGCGGACCCUCUCCGUCGGGGCCGUGGGAGAACAAUCCCGCGAACCCGAUCCUGUUCAACGGCGCCAAUCUGUCGCUCCCCGUGCAACAAACGGGCCAUUCUGAUUUCGUUCAGGCGCCGGAUGGGUCUUGGUGGGGUGUGGCCCUCGGGAUCCGCCCGCAAGGCGGCAAUUUCGCCCGUGCCCAGCUGGGCCGCGAAACGUUCCUUUUCCCGAUCACGUGGAAGGAUGGGUGGCCGGUUGUAUACGACGGACAGCCCAUCAGCGAGCACAUGCCCGGUGUGCUGCACGACAAAUCGCCGCUGACGGAAUACUUCAACGACUUCACCGCGGCGGCGCUCGAUCUCUCGUUCUACUUUCUCCGGACGCCGUACAAGAAAUUCCACUCGCUGACGGCCCGCCGCGGGUUCUUGCGGCUCAACGGCAACUCGUACGCGCUCGGGGACCGCGACACGCCGGCGCUGCUGCUGCGCAAGCAGACGAGCUACACGGAGGUGUUCGAGACCGAGAUGGAGUUCAGCCCGGCGACGAAUCUGACGGAGGCAGGCGUGACCAUCUUCUACAGCGACCAGCUGCACGACGAUAUCGGGAUCGUCGGCGAUGGGGCCGGCGGGCGGAGCGUGGUCACGAGGAUGAACGCGCAGGCAUCGCAGGUGGGUCCGUGGGGCCUUGUUUACACCAAUGCGACGAUCACCACGGUCAACUAUCAUCCGCUCACGACCAAGAGUGGUCCCGUCCGUUUCAAAAUCGUCGCAAACUCGACGGGCUACGCUCUGGGCUACUCAGAAGAUGCGCAAGGAGAGUUUGUUUUCCCUCUGACCAUCGACUCGGAGCUGCUCACUGUGCCACCGGCGGGAGGAUUCUUCUUCAAGGGCGCCGCAUUUGGCAUCUACAACACGGGAAACGGAAAACCAUGCCUCUCUCCUGCCGAUUUCGCGUACUGGAACCAGACACCAGUUGUACAGUAG